GUUUGACGUCUGGUGUGUGUUUGACGUCUGGUGUGUGUGUGUUUGACGUCUGGUGUGUGUGUUCUGCUGCAGGUGUGACCAGCUGGGUGAAGACCUGGAAGGUGAACGGCUGGAGGCUGAAGUCUGGAGGUCCGAUCACAAACAAAGACGACUUCAUGAAGCUGGACAAACUGAACGCAGAGGUGGAGGUGGUCUGGUUGCAUGUCCCGGGUCACUCGGGCUUCAGAGGGAACGAGGAGGCGGACAGGCUGUCGAGGGAAGGAGCUCUGAAGCCUCUCCCCAAGAAGCAGCAGUAGCUCGGAGAAAGAUACUUUUACUGAGAAGAGAUUUGCUGCAGGACAGUUUGGUCUGUUUCUCUACAGGAGAGGACGAUUUCCUGUUAAAUGUUAAUUUUAAUUAUUUGUUUUUGCUCUAAAUAAAGCUUAUUCCACAUCUG